AGCAGCGCUCGGAGGCUGAGGCCCCUUGGACUCUCCAGGGACCAGCCGCCCUUUGCCGCCGCAGCCAUCCCUCUUGCCCCUUGCCUGCGUGGCCCGCGGUCUCCUCCUCCAACGCCGUUUCGCAGCCGCAGCACCACCGACAACAGCUAAGUGGUCAAUUCGGGACUUCGGGUUGGGAGUCCGGGCGGGAGCGAGGCGCGGGCAGUACGCACUAGCGCGCCAUCUCCUGCAGCAACCGCCACUGCUGCAGACACCCCUCCUGGGCGGGAGAGAACGCUAUCAAGAGGCCCACGCCGUCCCAGCACCCGAGAGUUGCAGCGUUUCUGCCAGGCGUUGGUGAGAUCCUAGUGCUUGGUGGAGGGAGGACUGACCGGGACUCAGAGAUCACGAAGAAAGAUCUCUAACUGCUUGCAGAGCGCUGAUUUUUGACUCAGUUUAAUCGGGCAAGUGGCAGCUUUGCCGAAGCCUCCGUAAGCUCCGAGCCAUGUCGCCCCCAACUGUGCCUCCGAUGGGCGUAGAUGGUGUGUCCGCAUACCUGAUGAAGAAAAGGCACACCCACAGGAAGCAGCGCCGCAAGCCCACUUUCCUCACCCGUAGGAACAUCGUGGGCUGCCGCAUCCAGCACGGCUGGAAGGAAGGCAACGAGCCAGUGGAGCAAUGGAAGGGAACUGUGCUUGAGCAGGUUUCCGUGAAGCCCACUCUCUACAUCAUCAAAUAUGAUGGCAAGGAUAGCGUGUAUGGACUAGAACUGCACCGAGAUAAGAGAGUUUUAGCGCUCGAGAUCCUUCCUGAGAGAGUGCCAACUCCUCGCAUUGAUUCGCGCCUCGCAGAUUCCCUGAUUGGCAAGGCAGUGGGGCAUGUGUUUGAGGGUGAGCACGGGAGAAAAGAUGAAUGGAAGGGCAUGGUCCUGGCGCGAGCCCCCGUGAUGGACACUUGGUUUUACAUCACCUACGAGAAAGAUCCAGUCCUUUACAUGUACACGCUCCUGGAUGACUACAAAGAUGGUGACCUGCGCAUCAUUCCAGAUUCCAACUACUAUUUCCCUACAGCAGAACGGGAGCCUGGAGAAGUGGUCGACAGCCUCGUGGGCAAGCAGGUGGAACACGCCAAAGAUGAUGGGUCCAAGAGAACCGGCAUUUUCAUCCAUCAAGUGGUGGCCAAGCCGUCUGUCUACUUCAUUAAGUUCGAUGAUGAUAUUCACAUUUAUGUCUAUGGUUUGGUGAAAACCCCCUAAAUUCAUUGUGCGUUCUUUGCAAAAUUUGUGGAACUACUAAAUGUAAAGUGCGUUGUGUUUUUGUAAUCGUGAACUUUUCAGAACAGUUUUGGUGUCAGAGAUUCAGGAAUUUAAUAAUACUUAUUACUUAUCGUGCCUCCAGAUCUUACAUUGACUAGUUCCACAGUUUUGCCCAAGUGUACUUUGGUACCUAUGAUAUUGCCUUGUUGUGUAAUUGAAAAAUAUAAAUUGGGUGCUAAUGGAAAAUUGGAAAGUGUUCAAUACCAUUGGAACAAUGAAAGACUAGAUAAACAAAAAUUAAUGGUGUAACCCCACACCAUAUCCUUCCCCCCACUUCCCUUACCUUCCCCUCUUUCUUCUCUACAAAUAACAAGUGUUAAGAACAUGUUGCAUAUCCUGCAUUUUUUCCCAACCUCUUACAAGAAGUUUCUUGCAAUUGUUUCUGUGAAAAUGACAAGCCACCUCAUUUCUCUGUAAUUGCUUUUCUCACUGGAUAUAUCCAUAAAAUCCCUUCUGAUCAAUAGUCGCAGAUAUCUCUCCCUCUCCCUUUUUCUAUCCUUCUUUCCCUCUCCUCCUCUCCCUCUGGAAUUUAUUUUUAUAUAUAGUAUUAAGAUACAGAUUUAGUUACACAUUUUGCUCACAUUAGAUACCUGAUCAUGUCUUAGCAUUUAUUUAAAUACAGCAUUCAUUUCCUCCUUGCUCUGGGGUUUAUUUUUGUAUAUGGUAUAAGACAGAGAUCUAACUAUACAUUUUGCUCACAUUGGAUACCUGAUUGUGCCACCCAUUUAUUAAAUAAGUCACCCAUUUUCUCUCCCCCCUCCAUCUUUUCCUCCCUCCAACAGCUGCAUACACAGUACAUGUUUAUGUACCAAAAUGGUAUUGAACCGUUCUGUUUUUAAUGGUCAUUUUUUAUUUCCUUUCUGUGUUUUCACCAUAGCAUUACUCAAUACAUACUGGUGCUUUUAUUUCUAUAGGUUAGAUUCCUAGGAAUGGGAUUGCUACGUAGGUUUAUUUAAUUUUGAAAGAUGUUACAAAAUUACCACCCAAAUGAAAGUUUUCAUUUUCCAGCAUUCUCUCCAGCGCUCUUUAAUGUUUGCAAAUCUGAAAGGCAAAAAUUUUGUUGUAUUGUUUCUUUAAUUGGCAAACUCAAUGAGGUUUUUUUGGUUGUUUGUUUUUAGGGGGGUUGUUUGUUUUGCUUUUUGGACUUUUCUCCUUUAUGAUUUGCCAAUAUUUAUCCUAU